CCCCAGAGUCCCCCGCGGUUAGUCUAUGGCAGGCAAAGGGGUGAGAGGGCUUUGGCCCCAAAGGAAUCUCAACGUUGAGGGGUAGAGGCUCAGAACUGGAGACUGGGGCUAGUCAUUGUUUCUGCUUCCCAAAACCCGAAUCGGGGAAACUCUCCAGAAGGGGCGGACAGAUUCCUGAGCGCAAACGAGUGCUCAAGCAUGGAUACUCCUGGGAAAAUUAUCAAGUGCAGGGCUGCUGUUGCUUGGGCAGUAGGGAAGCCGCUUUCUAUUGAAGAGGUGGAAGUUGCACCGCCAAAGUCUCAUGAAGUUCGUGUUAAGAUAACAGCCACAGGGAUAUGUGGAACCGACGACCAUGUUCUGAUAGGUUCUUUCCCUAAAGUUGAGUAUCCUGUUAUUCCUGGCCAUGAAGGAGCUGGAAUUGUAGAGAGCAUUGGCGAGGGAGUGACUUGCGUGAAACCAGGAGAUAAAGUAAUACUUCUUUGUCUGCCCCAGUGUGGAGAAUGUGCCUCAUGUUUGAAAUCUAACACCAACUGUUGCCUGAAAACCCACCUUUGCGAACCACAAAACCUAAUGCCAGACAAAACGAGCCGAUUUACCUGCAAAGGCAAGCAAGUUCAUCACUUCCUUUGGAUCAGCACUUUCUCCGAAUAUACAGUCAUGCCUGAUUCAACCAUUGUGAAAAUUGAUGAUGAUGCCCCUCUGGAAAAGGUCUGUCUGUUUGGCUGUGGAUUUUCUACUGGUUAUGGGGCUGCCCUCAAUACAGCCCAGGUCACGCCUGGUUCCACCUGUGCCAUCUUUGGUUUGGGAGGAGUUGGCCUUUCUGCGGUCAUGGGAUGCAAAGCAACUGGAGCUUCCCAGAUCAUUGGGAUCGACAUUAACAAAGACAAAUUUGUAAAGGCGAAAGAACUGGGAGCCACUGAAUGCCUUAACCCUCAGGAUUACAAGAAGCCCAUUCAGGAGGUCCUGGUUGAAAUGACUGGUCAUGGUGUUGACUAUGCAUUUGAGGUCGUUGGAUGUUUGGAUACACUGACAGCUGCUCUGGCAUCCUGCCACAUGGGCUGUGGAGUCUGCGUGAUGGUUGGCGUUCCUCCUUUAGGCUCUCAACUCUCCUUCGAUCCUAUGCUGCUUUUUACAGGACGCACCUUGAAAGGGAGUUUUAUUGGAGGAUGGAAGAUGAAAGAUGCUAUCCCUCAAUUGGUAUCCGGUUACAUGGAGGAGAAAUUUAAAUCAGACGUUUUAAUAAGCCACACUUUGCCAUUCAGCAAGAUCAAUGAAGGGUUUGAUUUGCUUCAUGCUGGAAAGAGCAUUCGUAUUGUCUUGGUGUUUUAAAGUUGCUGGCUUGCUGAAGCUACUUUCAGCCUGGAACUUCUCACAAAGAAUUCUCUCUUCCCCAAAUAUUGUUGCUCUUUAAAAAAAAAAACACUAUAAAAUUGUUGACAGAUGACUUGAAAUGCUUUUCAU